CUGACAGCCCUGGUUGCCAGGGUAAAAAAAAAAACAAAAUGUGCUUUUGCGCCAUCGAUCAAAUUCAGUUGGAGUUUGUUAUUUUCACAAAAUGUCGUAUCAACAUUGGUUAAAUUAUUUGCAGUCUGCUGAGAAAAACUCAAUGAUCAGCAAUAAGCUGCGCAAGGUGCUCUACAAGUUCCCCGACGGUCAACAAAUGGCUGAGGAGUACAAUAUGGAUACGGGCGUAGUGCAACGACGAGCUUGGCGCAAAUGCAAACAGCUAAUGGGUGAACCCGAAUGGGAAAUCGAGCUUGGCGAAGAGCCACGCCAACUGAAUUGGGCUGCUGCCAAUAAGCAAAACACAGCUGGCGGUGGUGAUGCGGACAACAUAUCUGGUGGAGAAUUCACUGUGCGGGAGAGCAAUACUGCUCCACUACUAACCAAACGUAUUACCAAGAAAAACAUUGAAUGGCGCAUACGCAAUCUACCUUACCCUCUAAAUGUGUACGAUAUUCAAGCAGAUGCCGAGCAGCGCGCAAUUAUCGUGCGCACAAAUAAUAAGAAAUAUUACAAAGUUAUAAAAGUACCUGAACUGGAUCGUUGCGGCGUACCGCCUGUCCAGGCCAAUAUAAGCGCUCAUCAUCAGUUCAACACACUCAUCAUAACCUACCAGAAACCCCCAAUACUCUGCGAGAUGGAGGCACAGGUUUUACUUCUGCUAAAGGACGUGGAGACUGAGACAGAUGUGGACGAUUUGUUGAAAGGAUUGCUGGCUAAAUAAUAAAACUGAAUAUGUAAAAUAUGCAUACAAACUAAA